AUGGGAAAAUUUUUUUAUCCGAACUCCUAACGUAGCUUUACAUGCGGAUUCCAAUAAUAUGUCGCCACGUGUGCAACACCGUAGUGUUUAUUUCAUGAUUAUUGAAGUGGAACGGCGGGGUUAUGUCGGGGUUAUUGAAGUGGAAUAGAGGAGUUUCUCUUCAAUAAUCCCAAAAUAAACUCCACGGUGUUAUUUCGGGGAGGUUAUUUCAGGUUAAUAAAGUUGAACCGCGGAGGUUAUUUCGAAGUUAUUUUGGUUAUUGCGGAAUUCGCGGUUCCAAUUUAAUAUUUUUUAGGUGGCCCCUAUAUAGCACACAUGGCGGUAUAUUACUGGUAGUCCACGUGUAGAGCUACACUCGGAGUCCGGACAGAUGACUCCACAUGGCCAAGCCUCUGUUUGUUGGUAGAAGCUAAACACAGGACUUUGCUUAGUGCAAGUUUAUAUUAAUGUUGAGAUGACCUUUAUUCUAACAAGGUAUUGUCUUAGCUUUUUGCUUGAUAACUAGGCCGUUUCAUUGAGAUUAUUUGCAAAUAAAUAUAUAUUUUCAAUAGACAAUAGGUGCAGUGCAGCUGAUCAAGCAUAAUGACAAGGGAUCGAAAUGAAAAGGUCCUCAUCUGUACUGAGGAAUAUUGCUGGGAUUUGGCGAUAGAAACCAUUGGCCAAGAUGAAUGCAUUAACUGCAACCAGCAGAAACUUUAAGAAGGCUGCUAAGCUGUUGGGUUUGGACUCAAAGUUAGAACGGUGCUUGCUAAUUCCUUUCAGGGAGAUUAAGGUUGAGUGCACAAUCCCUAAAGAUGAUGGUUCUUUGGCAUCUUUUGUCGGAUUUAGGGUGCAACAUGACAAUGCUAGAGGCCCCAUGAAGGGAGGAAUUAGAUAUCACCCUGAGGUUGAUCCGGAUGAGGUGAAUGCCUUGGCACAAUUGAUGACCUGGAAGACUGCCGUAGCAAACAUCCCAUAUGGAGGAGCCAAAGGUGGAAUAGGAUGUGCUCCGGGAGAGUUGAGUCUAUCGGAGCUUGAGCGACUUACUCGAGUUUUCACACAAAAGAUACAUGAUUUAAUUGGUAUUCAUACUGAUGUUCCAGCGCCAGAUAUGGGAACAAACCCACAGACAAUGGCUUGGAUACUGGAUGAAUACUCCAAAUUUCAUGGCUACUCACCAGCAGUUGUUACCGGGAAACCUGUUGAUCUUGGUGGAUCUUUGGGCAGAGAUGCUGCUACUGGAAGGGGAGUCCUAUUUGCCACACAAGCUCUGCUUGCGGAGUAUGGGAAGAGCAUCUCAGAUCAGCGUUUUGUCAUACAGGGGUUUGGAAAUGUGGGUUCAUGGGCUGCUAGUCUUAUCAGUGAAGCCGGUGGGAAAAUUGUAGCAAUUAGUGAUGCUAGCGGAGCAGUUAAAAAUAGCAAUGGCCUGGAUAUUGCGAAAUUACAUAAACACUCCGCCGAGAAUCAUGGUGUUAAAGGUUUCAGUGGUGGAGAUAUAGCUGAUCCAAACUCAGUAUUGACUGAAGACUGUGAUGUUCUUAUUCCAGCUGCACUUGGUGGCGUCAUUAACAGGGAAAAUGCAAAUGACAUAAGAGCUAAAUUUAUUAUCGAAGCGGCCAAUCAUCCGACGGACCCAGAGGCUGAUGAGAUUCUGUCAAAGAAAGGAGUGAUUAUACUUCCAGAUAUCUUUGCAAAUUCUGGUGGCGUUACUGUGAGUUAUUUUGAGUGGGUUCAGAACAUUCAAGGAUUUAUGUGGGAUGAAGAGAAGGUGAACUCUGAACUGAGGACUUACAUUCUCAAAGGCUUCAAGGAUGUUAAGGAGAUGUGCAAAAGCCAUGACUGCAAUCUAAGGAUGGGAGCCUUCACCUUAGGGGUUAACCGAGUCGCUCGAGCGACGGUAUUAAGAGGUUGGGAGGCCUAAUUUUAAGUUUUCUGGUUACCAUUCAACAGAGUUCAAUAAGUUUUAAUGGAUUGAAAAAUUCCUGUGUUUUUAUCCCUUAAAUUUUGCAGGCAAAUUUAUUUAAUGUGUUGCA